AAGAAGCGCUUAGAGAAUAACAGGAAAGCGUCGUUUUUAUUUGCUUCUGCUGCCGCUGCUGCGUUUCCGGACUACCUUCACCGGGGAGAGGAUGCUGCAUCCCCCAUCUCCGCUCAUUAUCCGCGCAGUCUCCUCAGUUACGUUUCACUGUGAUCAACGAGUGUCGGGAGUCAAAGACGACGUGCGAAUAAGACAAGAAGCAGAAAUUUGGAGUGAACAUUAAGAAGGUUUUUAUUGAGCAUCCGCGAGAGAAUUUUUUUGCGCGCUGCCCGCUUCAGUCGCAUCACUGCCGACUUGUGUUAGACGCAAAGGAGAGGGCUCGAAGUGGCGGUGACACGGAUGAAAGCCGAUGGCCAGGCGCCCCGAAUUUCAUCAGAAGGGGGAUGCAACCUAGAAUAACCCCAGUGUCAAAUGCUUUCCACGCAAGGCAAAGAAGACCUGAAUCUCGACACGUUACGGGGCGAGUGUAUACUGCUGCAGCUGCGGACUGAGACAGCUACACACACCGCGGAUGAGAGCAUUGCUUUCUGUCACACUUCUCUGAAGUCAGGCUGAAGGGCGCAUGCAUAGUUGGCGCAUUGUAACUAUAACGCGCCUCAGGUUUCUCCUGAGACUGUCCCUCCUCCUGACCUCUUACGCACUGGAAGCCCGGACACUGGUGACUUUUUAAUGGCUUUUGUGUUCAGAAGAUGGAGGGUCUUACUGGUGCUGAACGUGCUCGCGGUUGCCGGGUUCAUUACUUUCUGGGCCAAGUGCAACAACGCACGCAGCAUCCAGACCACCGGUCCAGAGGCCGCGGGUGAUGGGAAGAGACCCCGGGGCAACGGGACGGCGCAGGGGCCCAGCGUCAGCCAUGAGGUGCUGCUGAAAAGGCUCAGCUCUCUGGAGGACGUGGUGUACAGGCAGCUAAACGGUCUGUCCAAAUCUCUGGGCCUGAUUGAGGGCUUUGGGGGUCGGGGUAAAGGCGGCCUCCCUGCCACGCUGUCACCGGCUGAGGAGAGUGAUGCCAAAUACCUUAGGGAGAAGUACGGCUAUAAUGCCUACCUCAGUGACAGAAUUUCUCUGGACCGCACAAUACCAGACCAUCGGCCUAGCAAAUGUAGAAAGGUCAGCUACCCAAGAGACCUUCCCCAAAUCUCCCUCAUCUUCAUCUUCGUCAACGAGGCUCUGUCGGUGAUCCUGCGCUCGGUCCACUCAGCUGUCAAUCACACACCAGCUCACUUGCUCAAGGAGGUCAUCCUGGUGGACGACAACAGCGAUGAUGAGCAACUGAAAGGUCCACUGGAGGAGUAUGUGAACAAACGCUACCCCGGCCUGGUGAAGAUUGUAAGGAACCAAAAGAGAGAGGGAUUGAUCAGGGCCAGGAUCGAGGGUUGGAAGGUAGCCACUGCUGAGGUGACAGGAUUUUUUGAUGCCCAUGUGGAGUUCACCCCAUCAUGGGCAGAACCAGUUCUGGCUAGAAUAAAGGAAAACCACAAGAGGAUUAUCUUGCCGUCAAUCGACAACAUCAAGCACGAUACCUUCGAGGUGGAGCGCUACGAGAACUCUGGCCAUGGCUACAACUGGGAACUGUGGUGCAUGUACAUUAAUCCACCCAAAGAGUGGUGGGAGGAGGGAGACAUGUCUGCACCAAUAAGGACGCCUGCCAUGAUUGGAUGCUCCUUUGUGGCCAAUCGUGACUACUUUGGAGAGCUCGGUCUACUCGACUCAGGCAUGGAUGUCUACGGAGGGGAGAACAUCGAACUAGGCAUCAGGGUGUGGCUGUGUGGAGGCAGUAUGGAGGUGCUGCCUUGCUCCAGAGUGGCUCAUAUUGCACGAAUGAAGAAACCUUACCACAGUAACAUAGCUUUUCACACACGGCGUAAUGCCCUGCGUGUGGCAGAGGUCUGGAUGGAUGAGUACAAGUCCAAUGUCUACCUGGCCUGGAACAUCCCCAUGGAGAACCACGGUAUUGAUUACGGAGACAUAUCACAGAGGGUUGCACUGAGGAAGAGUCUGCAGUGUAAGAGCUUUCACUGGUACCUAGACAACGUUUACCCAGAGAUGAGGAGGUACAACGAUACGCUGUUCUACGGUGAGGUCCGCAAUUCUAAAGCAAGCCACCUGUGUAUGGAUCAGGGUGUGAAGGAGAACCACACAGCCACCCUGCACCCAUGCCAUGGGUGGGGUCCUCAGUUAGGACGCUACACUAAAGAAGGUCAGCUGUUUCUGGGACCCCUAGGCAGCACUGGUGAGGACACUCGAUGUGUGGUGGACGAUCAGAUCAGCAACUUUCCUCAGCUCCUCAACUGUGAAAAGGUGACCAACGUGAAACAGAAGACAUGGCAUUUCUCUCAGAACGAAUCGAUCAUAAAUCGGGCUACUGGACGCUGUCUGGAGGUGGUGCCGGCUAAUGUUUACUUCGGCCACCUGCUGGUCCUGCAGUCCUGCUCGGGGCAGAGGUGGACCAUCAAGAACGCUAUGAAGCAGUGAUCGCCUGGCCAGUUUCAUUGGGACCAAUUACAAAGGCUAUUUCCAAGAGCUGUCACCUGACGUUACCUUGGCCAAUGGACAAUCAAUGAUGCGGGGGCUCCUUAGCUUUUGAAAUAAGACUCAAAAAGAGAUGGCUUUAAGGAGACGAGUGAUGAGGUGGUUUGGAAACAGUUGAUGUUUUUUUGUUUUUGUUAGUUUUUUUUAAAAACAUGGACAUUCAACGUGGUGAAAGUUUAGCAUGAGGACCGUUUCUCUAUUUGAAUUUUACAAACUUUCGAUGUGAUGUUGCCAUAAUUCCUGUGUGCCACUUCUUUACAGUGUUUAAGUUUUAGUAGACAUUUAAUCGACCAAAAGUGUGUUCUUUCUUAUGUGAGGGGAAAAAAAGUUUCCCUCCUCACAAUCUUUCUGCAAUAUUUCAUUCUUACUGACAUACUUUGUCUUUUGAGAUAUUAAAAAAACAAUAAAAUACCUGGAAUUAAAUUUCAGUUAUAUGCACUGAUCAAACUACAUUUGUAGUUUUCAACGUCAUGAAGGUUUUAGUCUAUGGUACUUAGAAAUUAAGGAAUGGCUACUCGUGACAGGAGAAAAUUUUACACAGUUUAGCAAAAAUGCCCGAAAAGUGAUUCUUAUGUUUUUCAGAAAAUUCAAAACCUUGUAAAUAUUUAUAAUUUUAAGAAAAAGAUGCUAAAAAUAUUACUUGGUGUAUUGGAGCCUUUUUUGUUUUUUUCAAUUCACCCCAACAAGGACUCUGGGCUAAAUCUCACUUCUAUGUUUUAUGGAUUUUGACUUUUAUUGCCAUUUUUCCACCAAGCAUUCUGUAGCAUCAGAUGCAAUACAUCUCGUAGCAUGAACUACUGUAAGCAGUUGGGUACAAAGUUUAUUUGUGCUAAGUUGAUUUAUUUGGUUAACUGCUGUGUGCCAUAACUACUUAAAACCUAGUCAAACCUAGGAAGCACUUUUUUGGACAAAGGGUUGGAACGUGAACGAGAGAGGAGGAUUGAAUCAGGAAUGCACAAAAGUACCAAUAGUGGAAAUGCGGGAGGCCGUAAAGGCUGAAAUUAUUAACGUACUGAGAUGUAUAUGAUGUCAUAUAUUAAAUUGCAUAAGUGUGAUCAGCUGGAUUUUUGCUCCCAAGAUUGUCUUCCAAUAAACAACU